AAACGGUGUCGUAUGGAAUAUUCGACGCUAUUGAAUUGAUUUAUUCGUCGAGGCAGUCUCGAGUAUCUGCAUUUGCCGGGCAAAAAGCAGAAAAAGGGGGAAAAUAGAAAAGGAAGAAGAAGAAGAAGCUGAAAAAAUGCAGGAUGAUUCCCCGACGAGCCGCGGCGGCGGCGGCGAUCGUCCGACGGUGAUGGUAACGAACGACGAUGGAAUCGACGCCCCAGGCCUCCGAGCUCUCGUUCACGUUCUCGUCUCUUCCAAUCGGUUCCACGUCUUAGUUUGCGCUCCUGAUUCUGAGAAGUCAGCUGUUGGUCACAGUAUCACUUGGCGAAACGCAAUCUCUGCCAAGAAAGUGGAUAUCAGUGGAGCAACUGCUUUUGCCGUUUCCGGAACUCCUGCUGACUGUACAUCUUUGGGAAUUUCGAAAGCCCUAUUCCCCUCAGUACCUGAUCUGGUAAUAAGUGGAAUUAAUAAGGGUAGCAACUGCGGUUAUCACAUUAUUUACUCAGGGACCGUAGCAGGGGCUCGGGAAGCUUUUUUUAAUGAAGUGCCUUCUGUCUCUCUAUCAUAUGACUGGGUUGGUGGGAGAAGUAAUGUCAAUGAUUUCACACUAGCAGCAGAGGCUUCCUUGCCAAUAAUUUGUGCCGUAUUGGCUGAUAUCCAGAAGAAAACUUAUCCUCGAAACUGUUUUGUUAAUGUCGAUUUCCCAACAGAUAUCGUGAAUAAUAAGGGUUACCGGCUGACAAAGCAGGGGAAGAGUAUUGUGAAAAUGGGCUGGACGCAAGUUACUUCUGAAGCUGAAGGAGGGAAAAUGUUAUCAACGAUGGAAAUGGAGACAAGUGCAUCAUUAGAUUCUGAAACAGAUUCUUCAAGUGCAAAACACCAAAACCUUCUAUUCAAGAGAGAAGUAAGGGGAUCACAAGUGGAAGAGGGUGACACAGACUACUGCUCACUUCAAGAAGGAUAUAUAACCGUCACUCCUUUAGGUGUCUUGUCUCCUGCAGACAUAGACAGUCGAGACUACUUUAAACAAUGGCUGCCAGGUGUAGCCAAAUGCUUCUCUUCUGCCCUUUAAAGACUUAAGUUCUUCCCGUUUCUGAGUGCAAACAUUUUGAUUAUAUUAUGUCCCUUUAAGAGGUAUCAUCAUGCACUCGAUUCUAUUCGUGGGGUGAAUCCUGACUUGCCAUAAAUUUGUAGAACAAUUACAUCAUAUAGCGAUGAAUAAAUUUCCGGACAAAUUGGAUUUUCCUCGGAAAUUUUUCUUUUGAAUGUGAGUAAGGAUCCCCUUAGACAGGAAACUAUCUUAUUAGAUGGUAAUAACUAAUAUAUAUGUCUCUACAAAGGUGUAAAAUUAAGUUAAGGACAGCGACAAAAGUACAAGAGACAAAUUUCUGGUCUGAGUUGUUGUUAUGUGUUUAUGACAGUCUUAAUUAGUUCCAGCAGUUGUUGAGCAUUGUUGUGUCUAAUCAAAUUCUGGCAUUUCAUGCUAUAGUUCUUGAUUUUUUUUUCAAGAAACAAUCGGAGUGUAGGUGGUUAGGCACCGCCUCACAAUUGAUCGGCCCGGUUUUUAUUAAUCGGCUAUAGGUUGAAAGUUAAUCGAAUUUUCAUAUUUAAUGUAAUAUACCGCAUCAGAAACCGAUUAAUCGACUGCUUUGAAUACUUGAUUUUUUUUUUUGUAAAAAUGCUCAUAAAAUUUAAUAAAGAUAUUCAUUAAGACAUACCCCACAAGCCCACCAAAAGAACAAUAAUGAGAUAGUUACUAUUUUGCAUAAUUGGUUGAAAUUAAAUAUAUAUAAAAUGGUAGUGAUGAAUCCAUGAUAUUAUGAAGACAAAAAUUAGUGACCAUACAAUAUGUGGGAAGGGGGGUGGUGGAGGUUCAAAAUUGCAAUCAUUUUUUUUUUCAAAAAGUAGUUGACUGUCAAUUCAAUUUGAGUACACUUGCCACGAGCUAGAAGUCUUCCAUUUGGAUGAAUAUAAAUCCUAUUCUGGAUUUUAGCCAUAUAUUGCUAUUUGCACAUUUGACAUUUUCAAAACAGUUACAUACAUCUCUAAUAAAAUAUUUAAAAAUGAAAUAGUUAUCCUCUAUAUACUUAAGCUGAAUUACACCUGACAUUUAUCUACACACAAAAAUAUAGAUGCUUGUUUGUGUUAGCGUGUGUUUAAAUAAAUGAUUACCAUUUAACCGAUAUUCAC